GUACGUAGCAUGGAGAAAUGUCGAAGGAAGUUGAAAAAGAUUUCUCGGCAAACCCGGAGAGCGAGCAGUUGUUAUCCGCUACAUGUACCGAUACAUCAAACACAUGCAUAAGAGUUCAACCAGAUGAGCGGUUGUCCAUGAACGAGUUACGUGUUCAAGGCGUUUCGUCAUCAAGACUAUCGCUUCAGGACAAAUCCGAGGCAUUAAAUCUUAACACACAUAUAGGUGAAAGCUCAAGUGAUUCAACGUCCGUGGUAACAUCAUCCUUGAUUAUCGCAAAUAGCAACGAGAGCAAUGAUGAUCCGCCGCCUUAUACUGCGAUUCCGCCACCUUACAGCAUGAUCACGCCACCAAAUCAUAUCGGUUGGUCGUAUGGACCUUUUUCAUUCAAUAAUUCGUAUUCCAUGACUCAUAGGACGGAAAUACCGUUGACGCCUCUCCAAACUCGUCUCACGCCGGCCACGUGUUUCUAUCCCGAAGGGAUUAAUGGUCGAUACACGUCGUACCCGAUGCCCUUAACGCCUUACCGGUUCAAGUUUGAUUACCAUAGGAAUUCUUUGAGGGGGGAAACAGUGGACUCAGCGGGCAACGAAAUAACAGAGAAAAUCGACGAUAAAAAGUCACGAAGUGAGCAUUGGUGA